AUGAUAGCCAACAUUAUCUAUUCAAUCACUCUUCUGAUUCUCGUACGCAUCCUGUACGAGUACACUAUUCGCGAUCGCAAGCUACCGCCAGGUCCCAGACGUUUGCCACUCAUUGGCAAUCUUCACCAAGUGCCCGCUGCUGGUCAGCUGCCAUGGCUGGUAUAUCACCAGUGGGCGAAGGAAUAUGGCCCGAUAUACUCACUCCAACUCGGCGGCACCACAUUCAUCGUCAUAUCUUCUGGAGAAAUUGCACGGGACCUCCUUGAUCGUCGAGGCAGCAGAUACAGCGAUAGACUGGAAAGCGUCAUGGCUGGCGAGAUCCUUACCAAAGGCAAUCACAUCCUACUAAGACCAUACGAUGGAACCUACAGACUACAUCAGAAGAUGGAAGCUCCCGUCCUAAACAGCAAAACUAGUCCUCUCUACGCCCCAGUCCACGAACUCGAAAGCCUACAACUCCUCAAAGACCUACUCUCUACCAACGACUCACACAGCUUCGCAGAGCAUCUCGAGCGCUACAGCAUCUCAAUAAUCUACAGCCUAGCCUACAGUCUCCGAGUCCCCGACUUCACUCACCCAGACGUCGCCACAAUCCACGAAACCCAAGCCCACAUGCUCGACUGUCUCGUACCAGGAAAGUGGCUCGUAGAAGUCAUCCCAGCAAUGAAAUACCUCCCGCGCUGCCUCGCCCCCUGGAGAGUCAUAGCAGAAAACUACCAUCUCAUCGAAAGCAAUCUCCACCUAAAACACAUGGAUUACGGCCUCUCCACCCAAUCCUGGAACUGGACCAAAGAAUUCACAUCUUCACCGCAAGGCACCGACAUGGAACGCUUAGAAAUGGCAUACGACCUUGGAAUUCUCGCCGACGCAGGAAUGGAUACUACAGCAGCAAUCCUCCAAACCUUCGUUUUCGCCGCCGUCACUCAACCUUCUUUCCUCGUUUCCGCACAAAAAGAACUCGACUCCGUCAUCGGCCAACACCGCAUCCCAAUGCUCACCGACAAAGCCAAAUUACCAUAUAUCAUGUCCAUCGUCAACGAGACUUUCCGCUGGCACACCGUCGUCCCCGUCCUCACACCCCACGCCACGAAAGUGGAAGACGAAUCUCACGGCUACCGCAUCCCAGCCGGCUCGUGCGUUUUGGCUCUGCAGUGGAGUAUGAACAUGGACGAAACUUCCUUUCCGGAUCCACAUACCUUCUCCCCUGACCGCUGGCUUGACGGUCUCGACGCCAAAAAAAAGAAAUUCCACGCUUUCGGCUACGGGAGAAGAAUUUGUACGGGCAGACACAUCGCCGAGAAUUCUGCGUUUUUGGUGAUUGCGAGGUUGUUGUGGGCGUUCGAGAUUUUUCCGGGCGAGGAUGGGGAGCAGAUGUAUAGGGAGAGAUUGAAGGCUUUUGUGCCGAGUUUUGUGAGUAAACCGCUGCGGUUUGGUGCGAGGUUUGUGGUUAGGAGUGAGGGGAAGAGGAGGGUGAUUGAGAGGGAGUGGCAGGGUGCGGAGAGGGAUGUUGAUGUUGUUAUGAAUGGGGUUGAGGGGGUUUGGAAGAGGAAACAGGGUGGUGGGAAAGUUUGA